AUGGCUGCCGAAGGUUCUACGCUUAAUUCCGGCGCAGCUCACCCCCAGAAACCUAAGCGCAAGUCGAAAUCCAAGGUGGCGGACUCCUGGGAAGACGAGUCGGUGUCUUCAGAGCCUUCAGAGGACGAAAAGGAUGAGAAGGCGACCAACGCCACGUCCUCGCCACAAGGACAGACGUAUCAUAGCGACGUCCCUUCCUUCGCGGCCUCAUCGACACCCCAAUGGAGCUCUCCGGAUCCGCGCAACCCAGACUCAGACUCCCCGCGGAGACGACCAGAAAAGCAGGCUGCCGUCGCAAGUCGAAUAAUAAGCAGCGCUCUGGGUGUGCGCGCGAAGAGGACAGAGGAGCAGAAGGCUUAUGAUCGCGCCAUGUUCGAGAACGAGAGGAGAAAACGCGAGCGCGAACGGGAGCUUGCGAGGCAGAGGCGCGAAGACGAGGAGAAAGCCAAACAGGCUGUUUGGGAGUCGUAA